AUUGGUUUCUAGAGCUUGGAGGGUGCAAUCUUCGGCUCUCUGUGUGACAGCCACAAUGGCCUCUUACACCGCUUACAGUGGCUACAACAAGCCCCUUCAAUCUUACAUAGGCUCUUACUACAGUGAGAAGCAGGACAAGACAUAUGCAGAUUAUGAAGACUCUGUAUAUGAGGAAAAAAAGAGAAUUGAGAAGAAGGACCGUCGGGACGCCAUCUGCUGCGAGGUAGUGGCCCUCAUCAUUGGUUUCAUCGGACUAAUCGGAGUGGCAGCCGUGACAGGCCUGCCGAUGUGGAAGGUAACAGCCUUCAUUGAGGCGAACAUCAUUGUCAUGGAGACCCGCUGGGAGGGUUUGUGGAUGAACUGCUACAGACAAGCCAACAUCAGGAUGCAGUGCAAGGUGUAUGAUUCCUUGCUGUUUCUGCCGCCAGAUCUUCAGGCUGCCAGGGGUCUGAUGUGCAGCUCUGUGGCCCUGACCACCUUUGCCCUCGUCGUUUCAGCAGUGGGGAUGAAGUGUACCAAAGUGGUGGACCAUCGGGCUCGCACCAAGCAUAUUGUUCUUGUCGCUGGAGGCUGUCUGUUCCUCUUGGCCUGUCUCACUAUCAUAAUCCCUGUGUCCUGGACUGGCCAUGUCAUCAUCAGGGACUUCUACAACCCUCUGCUGAUUGAUGCCCAGCGCAGGGAGCUUGGGGAGGCUCUUUACAUCGGCUGGGCGACCUCAGCUUUGCUUUUCACUGCCGGAGUGAUUCUGCUGUGCCGUCAUGCUCCCCGCACCCAGGAGUCAGAUGAAAGGAUUGUGUACAACCGCGACAUGAAUCUCUACCAACCUGCAAAUACAUACCAGCCAUACACGUACCAGCCAGCGUACACCUACCAGCCUGCCUACUCAGUACCCCCACCUGGAUCUGUAGCAUACACACCAAGUCAGUACUAGGAAAAUUGACAAUUUUGGACUCCCUUUUUUGUUUACUUGCCAAGAUUUGGCACAUUUGAAUGGAUUAACAUGCCCAAAGGCCGUCACUGGAAAUAGCCACAUGUUUCCUUACUUUCUCAAAGACGGCCAAGUGUAUUGCAGAUAUAAAUUUAUUAUGGAACUGAUAAAGUUUUGAUUAUGAUGAACUGUGCUGAAUAAUGCCAUUUGUUUCCAUAUGCUUAGUUGACACUAAAUUAUAUCAGUCAUUCAGAAGUAUUUUUAAUCUGCAUUAAUAGUUGUUGAUAACACUGCUGACAUGCUCUUUGAUAGAAAUUAUGCACUCAGCCCUUUUCCGAUAAUAUACCUCCAGAUGAUGUGUUUAUUGCUGUGUUUUUGUUGUAAAUGUACAUA